AUGCUCGUCUCUAUGAAGAGGUCAGCCCUAGUGGACCUUGAUGACUUCGAUCUGUGCAUUGAGGUGGCCAAACGAUUCGAACCAUCUCGUCCUGUUAUAAUGCAAUACACAUGUAUAAACAACUUGAAUGUGGACAAGAAUCUUGGUGACAUGCCUUUGAUCAUGGUCAACUUUGCAAUCAGACAUCGACUCUUUGACUUGUUGUUGAAACUUGCCAAUCAUCUACAGCUCGUCAAUGAUGUCGACCCAACUGACCCAUGGGAGCUCAGACAAGUCAAACGACCAACAUUAACAUCAACACCCAAUCCCGAAGCAUUGAAUGUGGAUACUCUAAAGAUACUUGCAUCCAACAUUGUAAUGCCUUUCAAUCUACUUGCUGCUGGUGGCGACACAACAUUCAUGCAGCACAUUGUUGAUGUCGAACAUUUGGUAUCCGAUUACUUGGACUCGCGAGAUAAUCGUCCACUCUAUGAUCAACACCUUCUGCAGUGUGCCCUGUCUGGCGGACAUGUCAAAUGCGCGCACUUCAUCCUGGACACCUUCACCAAGUACCUUCCUCUGCCACCAGUCGACGCCACAACCUACAGCAAGAACAGGAAUCUUCAGUUCAAGUGGAUAGUUACAUCAGUCAACAUGGGUGAUGAUCAAGGUGACACAGACUGGUUACAACUGAUCAACACACUGCUCAGCAAUGAUAUGGUACUGUGUGAGUUCACCGAGGUGUAUGUCGACGCGAUCAAGGCGCGUAGAAUGGAUGUGAUCGAUAGACUGGAGGAAUUGAUCAAGUCCAAGCCAAGACACAAUGUGAACCUCUUCAAGGCUCUCAACACUGCGAUAGAAGAGAACUAUGUUGAAGGUAUCAAGGCAAUCAUUCACAAUCGUCCGAGUGAAUACGAGUUUGAAGACAUCCGUUUGGACCUCCUUGCGAGUUGUCCAACAGACACACAAGACAUGUUGCUGGCCGCUAUCCCCCCUGCCCGUCUAUUCAUCAGACGAAACAUUGAUGUACUACUGUCAGCAGUCACAAUUAGGAUAUUGAUCAAGUAUGGUCAUCACUUGGCAAGCAAAUCAAUCAACCAGACUAUAUUCAAGAGUGCUGCAGUAUUGGGCGAUCAAGAUACCAAAAUGGUAUGUUGGAACUUCAACGUCUUGACUGAUGUCUGUAUGUGUGGUGUGGACAACGGAGACAUCGUCCGCCUACUGGCUGGGGAGCUACAUCCCACCUCUUACGAUGACCACCUGGCAUUCUCUCUGGUCAACUUUGGACUGGGCAACAAGGCAUCUGCAUUGUUGACAUCAGCUCCUCACCUCCGACGAUCUGAUCGAUCAGACUUCAAUCAGCGUGCUGUACCAAACAUGUUAUUGGCAUCGGACGUGAGGCACUUUGUCAAUCUCAUUCCGAAACAAGUCUAUAACACUGGAUACUUUCCGAUGGCAUUCCAGGCAGAUGUCAGUCGAUUGAGACGAGAGGUGAUAGAGUUCAUUUGGUCGCACGUUGAGACUAGACAUAAGAGAGAUCAAAAGUUCAUCUUAGACUUGUUGUCUUCCAAUGCAGGCGCCAACAACAUCAUUAUGUAUCAAGUUGUAUUGAAUGGAUUGGUGGAGGACAAUCAUUUUGAUCUUGGCGGUGAGCCAUUCAUAAGGGCACCUAGUGUCAAAGUGAUUGGCGAACGAUUGAACGAAUAUAGACGAUACAAGUCAGUCCACUCAAUCAUUCAGUUGUUCAAUCCACUCAACAACACAAUCGACACAUGGCCAUACCGUCACCUCAUUAUACCAUUGACUCCAACCGAGUACCAACAAUACCAAUCACAUCUGACCAAUCUUGGUGUGAUAAUAAAGUGA